AUGAUAGACGCCCAUACAAAAUGGGCAGAAGUAUUACCCGUCAGUUCUACAAAAUCAUCUUCAACAAUCGAAUUUCUCACAGAAACAUUCUCAAGAUUUGGAAUACCCAACAUCAUCGCAAGUGACAAUGGCUCUACGUUCACUUCAAAUGAAUUUAAAGACUUGACCAAAAGAAAUGGGAUCAAGCACAUCACAACUGCACCUUUUCAUCCGGCUACCAAUGGACUUGCAGAAAGGUUCCUGAAAUCAUUUAAAAUAGCUAUGAAGGCUGCAAAAAAUGAUACAGGCACAUUAAGUCAGAAAAUCUCUAGAUUUCUUUUCGCUUACAGAAAUGCUCCACAAUCCACAACUCAUGAGAGUCCAGCAUUUCUUAUGUUCGAAAGAAGACUACAAUCUCGUCUGGAUUUACUUAGGCCAAAUAUGGACAUUCAGAAUAGACUAACGAAAAAUUACUCCAAUGUGAAGCUGAGAGAAUUCCAAGUUGGGGACAGUGUUCUUGCACGUGAUUACAGAGUGAAUCAAGAAAAAUGGCAAUAUGGUGUAAUAAAGUCCAAAACAGGACGUCUAAUGUAUACAGUAGAACUAUACCCAGGCAUGAUAUGGAGGAGACACAUUUAUCAGUUGGUCAGCACUCCAAGACAAGAGAAUGGUACAUCUACCAGAGAAAUGAUUCCUACUGUGUCAGAAAGAAAUGAACAUUUCGCUAGUGCUACUCCAACACCAGAUGCUGUUCCAAUACCUUCUCAAGACAGUCUUAAUGACCAAGCUACAAUACCGGACCCAGUAGGAAACAAUGAAGAAUUCUCCCAACCUCAGGUUGAGUACCCAUGCUCACCUACUAGAAUGGCAACACAUACUUCUCCUACACCCAGAGUGAUACAUUCUGAGCCCACUAACCCAACCUCUCAAGAUGGUUACAUUACCAGAAGUGGCAGAGAAGUUCGAAAACCACACAGAUACAACGAAUAG